UGAAGCGCAGGCGCCGUAGACGCACGCCGCUCGGGGCCUCGGCUGGCUGUGGGAUCGUCAUGGCGACGCAUCAGCGGCCUUUCCGACUGGUGGUGUUCGGCGCCUCUGGCUUCACCGGCCAGUUCGUGACCGAGGAGGUGGCCCGGGAGCAGGCGGACCCGCAGGGGAGCGCCCGCCUGCCCUGGGCCGUGGCGGGCCGUUGCCGGGAGAAGCUGCGGCGAGUGCUGGAGAAGGCUGCCCUGAAGCUGGGAAGACCAACGCUGUCAUCUGAAGUUGGAAUAAUAAUUUGUGAUAUCACUAAUCCAGCCUCACUUGAUGAAAUGGCCAAACAGGCAACAGUUGUCCUCAAUUGUGUAGGACCAUAUCGAUUUUACGGAGAACCUAUAGUAAAAGCAUGUGUCGAAAAUGGGACUAGCUGUAUUGACAUCUGUGGAGAACCUCAGUUUCUGGAACUAAUGUAUUGGAAGUAUAAUGAGAAAGCUGCGGAAAAAGGGGUUUAUAUCAUUGGAAGCAGUGGCUUUGACUCCAUUCCGGCCGAUCUGGGAGUAAUAUAUACGAGCAAUAAAAUUAAUGGUAUUUUGACUGCAGUGGAAAGUUUCCUGACUUUACGUUCAGGACCCGAGGGUAUGUGCAUUCAUGAUGGUACCUGGAAGUCAGCAGUCUAUGGUUUUGGAGAUCAGAGUAACUUGAAAAAACUACGAAAAGAAGCAAAUCUGAAACCUGUCCCAAUUGUUGGUCCAAAAUUAAAAAGAAGGUGGCCGAUUUCUUACUGCAGAGAGCUCAGCAGCUACUCCAUUCCUUUCUUGGGAGCAGAUGUGUCUGUCGUGAAGCGGACUCAGCGUUACUUGCAUGAAAAUUUAGAGCAAUCACCUGUUCAGUAUGCUGCGUACGUGACUGUGGGAGGCAUCGCCUCUGUUAUUAAGCUGAUGUUUGCAGGGCUUUUCUUUUUAUUCUUUGUGAAGUUUGGCAUUGGAAGGCAGCUGCUCAUAAAAUUCCCAUGGCUCUUCUCCUUUGGUUAUUUUUCAAAACAAGGUCCAACACAGAAACAGAUGGAUGCCUCAUCAUUUACAAUGACAUUCUUUGGUCAAGGAUACAGCCAAGGCUCUAGUCCCGAUAAGAGCAAACCCAACAUCAGGAUCUGUACUCAGGUGAAAGGACCAGAGGCCGGCUACGUAGUGACUUCCAUAGCCAUGGUCCAGGCGGCUGUGACUCUUCUGAGUGACAUCUCUGACCUUCCGAAGGUGGGCGGGGUCUUCACGCCUGGAGCGGCUUUCUGCAGGACAAAGCUGAUUGACAGACUCAGCCAACGUGGCAUUGAAUUCAAUGUCAUUAGCAGCUCUGAAGUCUAAGGAUUUGAAGAAUUGACCAGUCAUAAAAUGCAUGAAUUAACAACUUUUUAAUUUGAUAUUUGAAAUUCUUCUAUAAGCCUGUGUAUGUGGAAAAGAUCAUCAAAUCUAAAAUAUGUACACAUUAAAAGCAGGAAAUUAUACUAGCUUACCCUAAAUUUUAAAUCUUAGCUGAUUCUCUGAUUUUAUUGCUUCUGAGAGAGAACUAACAUUUGACUGACCUCUUCCCUGAAUUCGUGGGCGGUUCCUGGGAGCGAGCGGCGGGCAGCCCUGGGGUGGGCGGGCCGGUCGGUGUUGCUGACAGACCCGGGGCCAGCGCCCGGCUGCCCUCCUGGCCCUGACAUCCCGCGGGUCUUGCUCCCCGUCUCUCUCCAUGUGCGUGGGCCUCUGCCAGGUGAGACUGCACUGCUUGCUCUUCUAGCUUAGUUUUUUUCACCCAUCUACACUGAUUGAUUUUGGACAUAGCCUAAGCUGAAUAAUAAAG